GUUAAAGAGACCUUCUAUGGCGGCUGGUUUGAAGAUCGUCUGCAAUAGGUGAAGCGCUGCUGGAAAUCCUACAUCUUUUUUUGUGAAACGAAUUAAAAUGUCUGAUUGGAUUCACUGUUUGAUAUGUCAACGAGCACCAAAUAAUAGCAGCUCUUCUUUCCUUUUGAUGCACCCUUGCAUGCAUAUAGUAUGUGAAAAUUGCAAAGAAACAUCCGAAAAUUGCAAGAAAUGUGGAAACAAAUGCAUGUCAGUCCCAUUAACAAAACAGACUUUUGUCUCCAGGCCAGAGGUGGGCAAAUUCUUCAAGGAUCCAACCAAAGACAUUAGCAGAUGUCUAAAGGAGUUCAACCGAGAGUUAACCCACCUUUUUCAGUUCUAUCUAUAUUUCAAGGUAUUAAAUUUUCAAGAUUAUCACCGAAAGGAAAAGCUGAGCAAAUUAAUGGCAAUACUUAUGGAAAAAGAUAAAGAAAACAAACUUCUUCGUGAAGAAGUGGCUCUCUUAAGAAAACAGGGAGGAGGGUCAUCAGCCAGAUCUACACCUCAUGCAGUUCUGAUGAACUCUGUAGGCCAGCAAUCACAAUCUCCUAUUGGAAAUUCUACCCUUUAUGGGCAAGCAAUGAGAACCCAAGUAAAAACGCCCACAAAUGGAAAUUCAAGAGCACAUUCUCAUCCCUGUACUCCCAUGGCCUCCAGAUUAUCUGUGAGAACACCUCCAGUUCAUGGAAGACUAGGUCCAAUAGCAGGAACUCCCUCCCCAUCUACUUCUCCAGGAUACCCAUUAAGGCUUGCCUCCACACCUAGUGGCCUCAGUGCUGACACACCAAAAAGGAGUGCUGGUGGCACUGCCUCUCCAAUGAAUAUUAGUCCAACUCCAUCACAGAGAAUUUCAUUGAAUGGACUUACAAGAAGCCAAGGAGGAUACAGUACACCUACAUCUUAUCAACAGUUUGGAACAUCCCAGAGUUUACUUUGGAGUUCUGCCAAAAGGCAGCAGCAGCUUCCAUUGGAAAGGAAUGAUGGCAGUCAGUUUUUAAGUAUAGGUGGAAGGAUUUCCCCUGGUGCUCCUCUAACAAGUACGCCAACAAAUUCUUCUCAAGUUUGGGACCCAGCAAAGAGAUGCCUUGUUCAGAUGCCAUUUGGUGUGGGAAACAAGUAGUCCAUUACUUGUGAAACAUUGAGGAACUCCUUGAACGAACAGAGAGCAUGCAUUGCCAGAAAUGCUCUACUGUACCCUCAAAAUAGGAUGUAGCAGCCACUGUUAAGAGAAUUAUAAUAAUAAUUGCCAUUUUAUAUUUUAUUUGGGUGAAAAUUUUAGUUAAGUGGCUAAUAGAAAACUUUUGUAGAUGAUACGGCCCUAUUGCAGUUUUAGUAAUUUCAUGAUUCAUAGGUUAUUUGUAUGUUUUAGUUAGUCAAAAUUUUUAAACAUUAUACUGAUUAUUAAUUUUUUGUAUUUUUUAAAGAGCUUUAGUUUAUGUUUGAAAGGCAACAUACCUGAUGGAAAACAACAAAAACUGACUUCCUUUGUGAUGAAUUAUUUAUUUGUAUCAAAGUAUUAAGCAAAAGAUUGCAGUAUUUUGAAGUCAGACAAUCUGAACCUAGGAAAGAUUUUGAUUAUAAUAAAGAUGAUUUGUGUAAGGGGAAAAAAGGUUAUGAUUAUUGUUAUUUUUAUACAUUUUCUGUGUAUAAAAAAAGUCAUUCCCAUUGCUCUAUUUUAACAUAAACAGGCACAUAACAGAAACCAAUAAAAAUUAACUUUACAGUAACAGGUGUUGUGAUAAAUGUAUACCUGCAUGACUGUUUCUUUUGCACUGAAUUUAUUUCAUGCAAGUUCUGAAUUCACCCAACCUCAGUUUUCUAAUUAGUAAAAAAUGGAAUUGAAGACCACCAAGAUGCCAAGUAUACAAUCACUGUGCAACCAAACAAGUUGCAACCAUGUUUACAAACAAGGCAGCAAAGCUGUCAAAUGGACAGACAUGCUAGUAUAUAUGCCAAAACUGA